UAACUUGGGCUGUUUUGAAACUAUAGAGCCCAUAUAAGUCUUCCCCAAAUAUGUUGUUUAGGUUUCAAUAAACGCCUCCGGAUUUGGAUUGGAUUGGAUUGGAUUGGAUUUUAGGCGCGAUCUUCAAAUAACUUGAAUACCCUCUGCUCUAAAAAGAGGGCAAAGCUGCAAACGAGGAGGUCGUUCAUCGUGUUCAUGAAUUCGACGACGGGCUUCCACUUCUGAUCGGAUAUGUCUACUGCAAAACGCCCGUGCCGUGCUACUGUAAUUGGUUCCGUCACUGCAGCUGUUAAUGAGCCGGGGUCACGGAAGUUUCGCAAAGGCGAUCGGUCACGUAGGAUGUGGACCUUGCAGGAGGAAGAGAUUCUGGCCAUAAUCUUGGCUGAUCUCGUGGCACAAGGUUGGAAGUCGGACAAUGGCUUCCGUGCGGGCUAUCUCCGGAUUAUCGAAGAUGCUAUCCGCGCGGAGUUCCCCAAGUCGGACCUGAAGGGCACUCCUCAUAUCACUUCUAAAAUUCAAGCAUGGAAGAAAAGUUACAAUAGUCUGCGCCGAAUCUUGGGACGCACGGGAGUGGGACUCAAUGAUUACAAAAUUGACUGUGAUGACGAACAGUGGGAGCAGAUUGUGGCGGCUGAUAAAAAUGCCAAAUUUAUGCGCCACAAGUCUUGGCCCUUCUGGGAGACCUGGAAGUGCAUUUUUGGGGAGGACCGAGCGUGUGGUGGUGGGGCUGAGGAGCUCGACACAGCGGCUGAGGAAACCCGCCCUCAAGAACCUGUCCGAAGUCAAUGCAACGAGAACGAUUACCGCCCGCCUUUGGAUGAUGUGCCAACUGAAGCUAAUAGUCCAGUAGAGGAGCAGGCCAACUCUCCUGACCACGGGUCAGGCAACGAUGAGCAACAGACCUAUGCUACCAAAACUCGCCCCCUCAAGCGGAAGAAUGGCUCGAGUGAUGAUGCGCUGAUGGAAUUUCUUGGCAAUCUCCAUGCCGAAACUAACUCCAGGCUUGAAGCCAUAGCUGCGAGGAUUGGGUAUGAGUUUGAUUUGGGCAAGGCGAGGCAAGCAGUGUUUGACAAGCUCGGGACUGUUGACGGCCUCACCCUUGACGAGAGGUACGAGCUGUGCGAUAUACUUAGCGACAAGUCGCAGCGCCUCGAGGUUUUUAUGGGGAUGCCUGCGAAUGCUCGACUCGGCUAUGUGAAGAGAUUUCUGAAGUAGAAUAUUCAUGAAAACUUGAGGAGCAGUUGGGUGGGCUUGAGUGGGGUUCUACUAUAUUUUGUUGUUAAAUUAAGCUAAGUACGGUGGUUAUCACUUAUCAUGUUUGUGUAUACGUAGUAGGAGAUGGAGUAGGAAAUGACAAAGGUGAUCUUUUCCGGUUCCAGCUAUGUCGCAUGUUGUUGGACUAAUUGUAGCCUAAGGUAACUCCACACAUGUUUUUGUGUAUGCUUCGUUUAAUGAAACGCUUUAUAUGGAGUAGGAUGCUUCUAUUAUUCAUAA